AUGCUUCCCCUGAUCCCCUUCCCUGCUUCCGCCCAACCCCUUCCCUGCUUCCCCUCAUCCCCUUCCCUUCUUCCCCUCAUCCCCUUCCCUGCUUCCCCUCAUCCCCUUCUCUGCUUCCCCCCAUCCCCUUCCCUGCUUCCGCCCAUCCCCUUCCCUACUUCCCCUCAUCCCCUUCCCUGCUUCCCCUCUUCCCCUUCCCUGCUUCCCCCCACCCUCUUCCCUGCUUCCCCCCGUCCCCUUCCCUCCUUCCCCCCACCCUCUUCCCUGCUUCCCCCCGUCAUAUGCCCCGCUUCCCCCCGUCAUAUGCCCUGCUUCCCCCCGUCAUAUGCCCUGGUGAGCUCGAGGGAUGAGUUGACUGGAAUGAGAGGCGAGAGCCGCUUGGCAUUUGGAGACGUGGGAGAUGAGGGGAGUUAG